CCAGCCACCGAAAAAUUUGCUCCACCCUCGACUGCAAGAAUGAGAAGGAGAAAAAUCGGGGCUCUGAAGUUGAAAAACCCAGUAAAACUUAUCUGUAUAAUCGUCUCUGUUUCAUUCAUCAUCAUACAGAUCAUUUCAGCAUUGCAACUCACAAACAUCUCCGCCUCAAAAGUUUCUUCACCCAAGCCAACUCAUACUAAAAGCACUCUCUCCGGCGUCUCGGAGAUCGGCAAAUUCGGAGAAACGGUCAUCAAAAUGUUACCUGAAGAUCUGGCGUUCACUCUCUUCCUGCCUUCGGAGGAAGCGUUUCGCCGCGAUUUGAGGUUGGAUCAGAACGACAGCAAUUCUCACGCAGUAUUGACGCGAGUACUGGGGUUUUCAGCUGUGCCCAGAUGGAUUUCUACGGCAGAAUUGGAGCACGGUAAGGAGAAAAUCUACGAGUCAAUAUCGGGAUUCAGUUUAUAUGCAUCGAAAGAUUCGAAUGAGAGGGUGGUGGUGAACGGAGUAGUUUCGAAGCAGAGGGGUUUGAAAAUGGGGAACGUGUUGGUGCAUGUUAUGGAUGGGGUGGUGAUGGAUGCUGAGUUUGAGCAAUCAGUGCAGCCUGAGGAUGAAGACGAAGAAGAAGAAGAUAAAGUUUGAGCUCUAAUUCUUUUCAGCUUGUGAUUUUUGCUACUGAAUUAUUUCCUAUUUCCCAAUCUUUUUAAUUUUAAAUUUUACGAGUUGAAUACCACAUAUCCUUAAAAAUGCUUUAUCUUUUUGUCAUUUAUUUAA